UCUAUUUACGCUUCUCUGUUCCCCACUACCCUACCCCCAACGGCUCGCAGUCACAGUGCCACCCUCUAUUUAUCAUUCAAACAUUUCCAUUAUUUUUUCUAUCUCUCCCCCUUUCUUCCCAACCAAGAUAUGGCUCUGCUUUCACUUCCCUUGUUUUUGCUCUGUUCUCUCCUCGCCCUCCCUUCCUUCUCCGAUGCGAAUAUAUCUAAUAUAGUCGGCUUAUGCUACGGCCAGCUGGGCAACAACCUCCCAACUCCGACCGGGUCACUGGACGUGAUCCGUCAGCUCAAAGCGAAGCGGGUCAAGUUAUACGACGCCAACCCGGAUAUCCUCAAGGCCCUGAGAAACACCGACAUCCAGGUUUCCAUCAUGGUCCCCAACCAGGUCAUACCCAAUAUCUAUUCCCAUCAACCCGAAGCAGAUAAAUGGGUCAAGACCAAUGUGGUCCCUUACUAUAAUGAGACCAAGAUUCGUUACAUCCUCGUCGGGAAUGAAAUCCUAAGCAACCAACCCAACUCCACCUGGUUCCAGCUCGUGCCGGCGAUGUGGAGAAUCCGGCGCUCGGUCAACAAAUUCCGGCUGAAGAAGGUCAAGGUCGGGACCCCUUUAGCCAUGGAUAUGUUGGAAUCUUCUUACCCACCUUCCAAUGGGACCUUCCGGUCCGACCUUGCCGGCCCGGUUAUCAAACCGUUGCUGGAUUUCCUGAACAAGACCAAGUCUUUCUUCUUCAUUGACGCAUACCCGUAUUUCCCCUGGGCGGGUCAGCCCGAUAAGAUCCGGCUCGAUUACGCGCUGUUACAGAAAACGAGCUUCACAUACACCGACCCGGGUUCGGGUUUGACUUACACCAAUUUGCUGGACCAAAUGCUUGAUGCGGUCGUCUUCGCCAUGGAUAGACUCGGGUACAUGGAUGUCCGGAUCUUUCUUGCGGAAACGGGUUGGCCCAAUGACUGCGACCUUGACCAAAUCGGUGGGAGUGUUUACAAUGCUGCCACUUACAACCGGAAUGUGGUCAAAAAGUUGACUUCCGGUUUUGGGACGCCGUCGAGACCGGGAGCGGCGAUCCCGGCUUUCAUCUUCGCCUUGUACAAUGAGAACCAGAAAACGGGUCCGGGUACGGAGAGGCAUUUCGGGCUGUUUUACCCGAACAGGACAAGCGUGUACGAGAUUGAUCUCUCCGGGAAGACGCCGGAAUCCAAAUUCAAGCCGCUGCCAAAGCCGACGAACAACGAGCUGUACAAAGGGAAGAUUUGGUGCGUGGUUGCUCCCGGGGCGAAUCGGACGGCGGUGGGUGAAGCUCUGUCAUGGGCUUGCGGGCAGGGUAAUCGGACCUGCGACCUGCUCCAAAAAGGGAAAGCGUGUUACGGGUCGAAGUCAUUAGAACUGCAGGCCAGCUACGCGUUUAGUUCAUAUUGGGCCCAGUUCAAGAGUUUAGGUGGGAGCUGUUAUUUCAACGGUCUUGCAGUUCAGACCAAAACCGAUCCACGUUAUGGAAAUUGCGAGUUCCCUAGUGUGACCCUGAAAGCCUGAAAGAGAACAUCAUUGACUGCGCCAGCAUUAUUUAUGAGCAAUUUUUUACUCCAUUUUCUCUGAUGAACUUUGUUAUGACUUAUGAGUAUUAGGUAGGGAUGGUUUGUAUUUUCAGGACUGUGAGAUUGUUACUGUGAAUUAUUUACUUUCAUAUUAAAUGAAUUUUAAGUGCACCUCGAGUUUUUCAUAUUAAGUGUGUCCUGUGAAUUCAAUGAAUCAAUCCCUAUUUUGGUGUACACGUGGGUCUAAACCCUAUAAAAUGUAAGGGUGAAUAAAAAAGCCUAAAAAUCGAAACUUGCCGAUAA